AGUAGAAAGACGACAGAACACGAAAGAAUUGACGAUACCCUGGUGACAGAAUUAAAUUACUUUUAAUAUAAAAAAAUAAUAUAUAUAUUGUAUAGUUAAACCCCUGUAAUACUUAAAAAUAUAUUGAAAUGAAUGACAACGAAAGAGAAGAAGCUGCAAAUUUGAAAGAGGAGUUUGAAUGGGUUCUUCGUGAGGAAGUUCACGCUAUAUUACAUCAGCUCCAUUCAGUGUUAGUGGAAUGUGCACACAGGUUUCCAGUACCAUUAUAUGGAAAUGAAGGUCAGAAACAAGACAAAUUCAUCCUAACAUCGCAGCCUGAACAACUAAAAUGUAUUGUUACUCUAACAGGUGACAGUAUUACACAUGCAGAUAUUAGUUUUAAAGUGCUGAGGCAGAUGCAUACAAUAUGUCGAACAUCAAUCAAUCAGGAUGGACCGUGGAAGCUUCAACAGAUACAGGAUGCUGCUAACCAUCUCCAGCAGGCCAUUGGCUAUAUCGAUAAUGUAGAUAAGCACUAUGUGUUCAGAUCAUCAGAAGAAGUAUUACACAUUAUACAAUGUCUGCUAGGUUCACUACAAAGAGCUAGGACUGCGCUAGUUUUACCUAAGAAAAAAGCUAUUGAUGAGCUUAUGAAGAGUAGGAAUAUGAAGGCUCUAUCACCAAAUUUACCAGAAGACUUGGCAAUAUCAUUCUAUAUACAGUCCCAUAAGUUGAUAUUCGUUGCGUAUCAACUGAGUUCUGUGCAUGGCACUAUGCGUAUAGACUCAUGUCAAGCAGAUUGUGCAGUACCCUGGCUCAGUGAUGUGCUAUUCAUGUUGACAGCGGCCUUGCAUAUGUGUCAGCAGCUAAAAGAUAAGCUCUGUGUCUUCUCUCAAUAUAAAGAUUUCACUGUUGGAUCAAGAUCUGCUUCUAUGAUAUUAAACUAAAUAAAUUUAAACAAUUUUUUACUCUUAUCAACAUAGUUACGCUUAAAAAUAAGGAGAAAAAUAAACUACAAAAACUUCUCAUUCAAUUAUCUUUAACAUUAAAAAAUGAUAAAGCCGAAUAAACUACUUCUACUGUACUGAAUUACUUUGUUGAUAGGUGUAAAAGUGUAUUCAUUUAACUAUAGUUAUCGAGUCCAUUGUUGAUAUUCUUGUUGACUUUGUUGUAAUAUUUGUACCAUAAUGUAUAUUUAUAAUAAAAUAUAACAUAAGAAUAGAAAGAGAACUGCAUGUAAAAUUAUAACCAAAUCUUUUUUAUUGUAAAAUAUAUAUGAAUUCCAAAUCAUUA